CAUCCCCUCCCCGGCUUAUCUGGCAAGCGGCAGCCGGUACGUGCAGCGGACAAGCAGAGGACGUUUCUCUUGGCGGUAAAGUCGAUUUUCAGCAAAAAUGGCCUUAAACAAAUUGAGCAUCGACAAAUUAGACCUCGCCGGCAAGAGGGUGUUCAUGAGAGUCGACUUUAAUGUUCCACAGAAGGAUGGCAAGAUCACCAACAACCAGCGUAUUGUGGCUGCCCUGGACACCAUCAAGUAUGCCAUUGACAACAAAGCCAAGAGUGUUGUUCUCUGCUCUCAUUUGGGAAGGCCUGAUGGAAACAAAAACAUGAAAUUCACACUAGCUCCUGUGGCUGAAGAACUGAAGAAACUCCUUGGAUGUAAUGUCACUUUCCUCCCAGACUGUGUUGGGCCAGAAGUAGAAGCUGCGUGUGCUGAUCCCGCACCUGGGUCAGUCAUAUUGCUUGAGAAUCUCAGAUUCCAUGUUGAAGAGGAAGGCAAGGGUGUUGAUGCAUCUGGAGCUAAGGUCAAAGCUGACCCUGCCAAGGUUGCCGAGUUCCGUUCCUCCUUGCGCAAACUUGGCGAUGUGUACGUAAACGAUGCUUUUGGAACUGCCCACCGUGCUCACUCAUCAAUGGUAGGUGAAGGAUUUGAUAAGAGAGCCUCAGGAUUCCUUCUGAAGAAAGAAUUAACAUAUUUUGCCAAGGCCCUAGAAAAUCCAGAGAGACCCUUCUUGGCUAUUCUUGGAGGUGCUAAAGUUAAGGACAAGAUUCAGCUCAUCGAGAACAUGUUGGAUCGUGUCAAUGAAAUGAUGAUUGUUGGUGGAAUGGCUUUCACAUUUUUGAAAGUCCUCAAAGGAAUGGAGAUUGGUACAUCCCUUUACGAUGAGGAGGGUGCCAAAAUUGUAGACAAGUUGAUGGCAAAAGCUCAAGAAAAGAAUGUCCAAAUACAUUUUCCAGUUGACUUCGUCACAGCUGACAAAUUCGACGAGAAUGCUAAUACUGGGUCUGCAACGGUUGAAGGUGGAAUCAAAGGAGAUUGGAUGGGCCUUGAUUGUGGACCAGAAUCCAUCAAGAUUUUCAAUGAAGCAGUUUCCCGUGCAAAGACCAUCGUAUGGAAUGGACCAUGCGGCGUGUUUGAAUUCGACAAGUUUGCCAAUGGUACCAAGAGUGUCAUGGACAUGGUUGUCAACGCCACAGCCAAAGGAUGCACGAGCAUCAUUGGAGGCGGAGAUACAGCAACCUGCUGCGCUAAGUGGAACACAGAAGACAAAGUGUCUCACGUAUCUACUGGAGGUGGAGCUUCUUUAGAACUUCUUGAGGGUAGGUUUUGAUUUAUAUACAGUAUCUUGGCAGUUA